AUGCGCUAUACAUUAGUAAACCGUAGGCUCGAGUGCUUGGUCGAGCGAAAAUUCGCCUUCUUGACUGUCCACUUGAUAGCGAUACAGCGUACCGUCUUCGGAUACGAUAAUGGAAUGCUCCCGAGACACUGUACGAAACUCGCUCCAAAGAGCAAAGAGAGCGGAUUGAAGGGAGGGGUCGUCUUCCUUCAGCUUCCCUUGAUAGGUGUGAUCCGUCCACAACAAGCCGCUCUCCUGACCUCUAGUAUUGAUGGAACUAACCAACUGCGUCUCGGCGCUCGAUCCCCGGAGUUUGGGAAUGAUAAGAAGGAUGGUGGUGGCCUCGCGCAAACUACCACAGUUGAGACCAACCUCCUAGAGUUGUACGAUCUCAAGGGUGUGUCGGAUAAGGUGAUAGAGGACGAGACGCCCAAGUCUCGGCCAGGAUGGUGUGCCGGUCAGAUCGAGUGUGUAGCGAAGUUUUUGGUCGUUCUCGUCGAGUUCGAAGAUAGACCCCAUAUCUCGAUACUGGCAACAUUGGCUGCGGUUCGAAGCAGUUGA